AUGUCGUCUCCCAAGGCUCCCGAUCCUGCGACAUUUGCAUGCUCUGCCGACAUUUUCUCGGGAAACCACACUCUGCCACAGAUCAAAUCCAUCCACAAGUCGCUCCACGGCCAGAUCGAGGAGAAGGCUGCUCGUCUGCGCACACGAGUCGGCAGCUCAUACCGCCAGCUUUUAGGCACCGCAGACGUCAUUGUGCAAAUGCGAGGCGACAAUGAACGGGUACAAGAUGUGCUAGGACGGAUGGGCGGCCGUUGCGGGAGAAGCGUCAUCUCCUCCAAAAUCACGGGCCUGUCCAAUUUUUCCGCGGGGGAAAGAGAUGCCCGGACGAACCGCACAGCCCGGUGGAAACUGCUCGAGUUGUGCGGGCUGGUGGCUGGGAGGAUCCUCAAGGGUCGCGGCGGCGUUGGCCGUGAACAUGAGAAGCAGGCGGACACGCUGGUCCUGGCUACCAAGGUGUUUGUCAUCAGUCGAUUGCUUGUCAAAAGCCUGAAAGAAGACGCCUCGGCCGGAAAUGGCCGGCAGGCGGUGGAAGCCGCGAGCAGCACGCUGGAGUCGCUGCGGCGGAGGAUCCAAAGAAGCGUCGAGCGCUUGCUGGAGAAUACCGAUCAGCGCUCUGGCACGGGGAGCGUGACGAAAGCCCUUUGCGCCCACAGCCUUGCCAACAGCUCCGGCGCCAAACAUGCCAUUGCCCAUUUUAUCCGCGUCAGAACAAGGGCCAUGGAGGUUGUUCUGAAGAUGGACUCGGACGAAAGCCAGGCUCCCACCGUCGCCGGCACCACGACGGACGACGUGGUUCGUAGCCUGAGGCUGUACACGAAAACCCUUCUGGAUGUGCAGGCAUUGAUUCCCGCCAAGCUGCCGCAGGCGUUGGCGCAGCUCAAGAGCCAAAGGCUGCUGGCGGACGCGUCCCUCCAGCAACUGGAAGGGCUGCGCCUGGAUCUUUACGGACGGAGCUGCGGCGAAGAAAUCCAAGACUUUACUCCCUUUAUCCCACACGACGACUUGAGCGCCAAGCAAGCGCGGGAGAUGCUGGCCAGCUUUGCCGAAAACGGAGGCCGAGUUGUCAUGUCGGGAUUGAAAAAGACGCUCCGUCACAUGGCUGACCUCGAGCCCAUCAUCGACUUGCGAAGACAGGUACUGCAACUCUGGAUACGAGACGGCGGACGAGCAAAGGGAUUGGAUCCUCAGGAAAUGCAAGACGAGCUGCGCGAGACCAUCAACGCGCGACUCCUGUGCGUCGCGGAUGCCAAGGCGGCCAAGCUGCGGCUUGUGGGAUCCGAGGUCAAGGCCACGCUCGAAGGCUGGCGAGAGGGUGUUUCUGACAAGCACAAGAGUCUCUGGGACGACCAAGGUUACGACAGCGCCCUGUCUGAUGGAGCAGCAUCUUUCGUGGGGGAGGUGAUUUCACGACUCCACGGUCGCAACGACGCCGUCUCAAGGGCUGCCCACAGCUACCGAUGCUGGUUCCACGUUGUGGACGACGUCAAGGCGGCCGUGGAACGGGUGAGGAAGCAACGAUGGGAUAAAGACGAUGACGAGGAGAUUGAAGACGAAGAGACGAUUGAGCAGAGACAGAAGGCUCUCAGCCAAGAGGAUCCGAGCCGACUCCAGGGCAGAUUCAACGAGUCGCUCGAUCAAUCGUUCCGAGACGUGGAAGCCCAGCUGCAGAAGCUGUGGACCCAGCACUCCGGGGGGUGCGCGUCGAGCGGCGCCAAGGCCAUCUACCUCGUCAGAGUGGUGCGCGAAAUCCGGGCACAGCUCCCCGACCGCGCAGGGCUCCGUGACUUUGGCCUGGCCUUGGUGCCGGCCUUGCACAGCCGACUGGCCACGACGGCGUCGCAGUCGGCAGCGGAAGAGUUCAUCUCGAGCGGAUUGUCCGACAGGGGCGUCGCCAUGAAGCCGCUGUGGGAGGGCGACCCAGCCGUUCCGAGCCAACCGUCGCCGGCCCUGUUUCAUUUCCUGCGCGACCUGUCACUGUCCAUGACGGACCUGGGCGUGGACCUGUGGACGCCUGCGGCGAUUCGGGAGCUGAAGCAGCAGCUGAGCAGACGGCUGGUCGAUGCGUGGCGCAGGGAACUCGAGCAUGUCGGUUGCGCAACGGCAGCCCGGGAUGGUGACCCCGACGAGAAGGACAAGGAGAAGGAGAAGGAGAGGGGGCAGGGGGAGGUACAGGAGGGGGGCGGAGAGGCUGAACCUGAUGAUGCAGCAGCGCCUGCGAGCACGGCCCAGGAAGUGUGUACGCAGUGGCUCUUUGACAUAUCUUUGCUGCGAUGCUGCAUCGGGAAUGCCCCAGGGCCAGCCUCAAGCAGCUUUGACGAGCUGGAGCGUGAGGCGUGGCAGCGCAGCGGGCUAGACGAAGCACCGAGGCAGCGAAUCGCCAAGCUGGCCGGCGACUUUUGGGGGCGCGUCAACCUGCUGUUUGGGUUGCUGGCGUGA